AAUUUCUGCGUGGCUACAAUUGAUGGCGGCUGUCUAAGCAAGGAGUCAUCCUAUUUUGGAACACUGACAACUUGUUGGGCUUACUUGUGAACCUUGUUACAUACUACAGCUUCACCAUGAUUAUAACACUUAAAACGUUACAGCAACAGACUUUUAAGCUGGAUGUUGCUCCUCAAAUCUCCGUAAAGGAGUUGAAGGAGAAGAUCGAAGCUGAUAGGGGAAAAGAUUAUCCAGCUGCAGGACAGAAACUUAUUUAUGCAGGUAAAAUCUUGGAUGAUGCCAAAUGUGUGGAAGAGUACAAGAUUGAUGAGAAGAACUUUGUGGUUGUCAUGGUGACAAAGCCAAAAGCUGCACCACCCAAAGCUGCUGAGACUCCUGCUCCAGCUGCCACGGAAGCCUCGGCCACACCUACCCCUGCCCCGUCGGCUGCUCCAGCAGCAGCUGCUGCUGCAGCUACCCCUGCUGCAGCAACCCCAGCCACAACUACAGCAGCGGCAGGUGACAGACCAGCCGAGACCCCUGCCACUACACAAAGCACAACAGCAAGUAGCACAGCGACUACCACAACAACAGCAAGUGCCACUGGCUCUAGCUCUGACAGUCUUCAGUUUGCAGAGAGCACAUUGGUGACGGGCCAAGCUUACGAAAACAUGGUGCAACAGCUCAUGGUUAUGGGCUUUGACAGGGAAAAUGUGGUGCGCGCUCUUCGGGCCAGCUUUAAUAAUCCAGACAGGGCAGUCGAGUAUUUGCUUGCGGGUAUCCCUGAUGCUCAGCCAGGGGAUGAGCCUUUUGGAGGUGGGGCGCCACCUGCCCGUCCUGCCACAGGAGGCAGUGAGUCAAAUGUAUCCAUGGCGUCGAAUCCAUCUUCAGAAACAAGUUCCUCCCAGCCCUCUGCCACCACUGGUACUGGUACUGGUACUGGAACUGGCACUGGAACUGGCACUGGUUCAUCGGAGGACCCCCUAGCUUUCUUGCGAUCACAGCCUCAGUUUCAACGCAUGCGUCAAGCUAUUCAGGAAAACCCUCAGCUUCUACCAGCUCUUCUUCAACAGAUUGGUCAAAAUAACCCUCCUCUGCUGCAGAUGAUCAGCCAGAACCAGGAGCGUUUUGUUCACAUGUUGAAUGAGCCAGAAGAGGGUGAUGACCAGGAGGAAGGUGGGCAGGGAGCUGGUGGGGUCAAUGCUCCUCCCGGCUCUGGUUACAUAUCUGUCACUCCCGAAGAGAAACAAGCCAUUGACAGGUUAAAGGCCCUUGGCUUCCCUGAGGCAAUGUGCAUCCAGGCUUACUUUGCAUGUGAUAAGAAUGAGGACCUAGCAGCCAACUUUUUGUUGUCACAGAACUUUGACGAUGAAGAUCUCCCAAGUUGAUUUGAGAGAGCCUGUACUAUGUCAGCAUAUAUCGUCUUCGUAUUAAUAAAUAAGUAUGAUGGAAGACAAAUUGUCUUUUAUCUUUCCUUUCACAAUGUGACAUUGCAUUGUUGGGCUAUCUCCAUUUAUUUAAGUUUUGAUUUUCCUUUGAAUUCUGAUGCAUAGUAAUGUUUCUGAAAAUAUCAAUUAUUGGUGCCUGCCUUGAUUGUUUGUCCAGCAAUUUGUAAGGUUGUUUUUUUUUCCCCCUUGCCAAUUGGAAUGAAUGGGAUCAAUUCUUCCAGAUUGAACGAAAGUUUGAGUUUUUGAUUUGUGAGAUCUGAUACACACUUGUACAUCCAAAUUCAGCAGUACCUGUAGGAAUCGUUUCAAUAUUUGUAGUCUAAGACAUUAGCUGAGCAUGAUUUGUUCCUCACUAUCUUUGCAUAUUUCUUAUGAUCCUAUAUAUCUCAUGACAAUUCCCAUUCAGCUCAGUAUCAUGCAUCUAAAUUCCUUUGUGACUAUAAAACUGCCACAAGAAUAUUUGUUACGGUGUGUGAGCAAGAAAGUGAGAGAGAGUGUGCCUGUUUAUUAUUGCCUUUAUUUGGAGGAAAAGAUAAAAAAAUAAACCUUGUGAACAACAACAACAAAUUUUCAUUUUCGUUAGCUUUGAAGCUUACUGUUGAGUUAUUUGUGUAAGGAAAAUGAUGCUUUGCACUGGUAUUUUGCUUUAUCCUUAUUGAUUAGAUAUCGCAAAUAAACAUCUGCCUUGACACUA